AGGACAGUAUAAUCUAACGUUUUGUUAAUUGGAACAAUGGUUGAAACAUUGAUGAUUGGAAAGUUCACCAAAAUUGUGAAAUUCAAAUAAGAGGAAUUAGAAAUUAAAACAAUAAUGAUUAAAAGAAAACACCUGACACUCGGGUGUUUAACGUAAUUUGUAAAAAAAAACGACUGUGUGUUAUAAUUAUUAGAUUGCGUGUGGAGAUGAGUUGAGGAUUCUGAAUAUGUCAGAUAGCAAUACAUUAUACGAAUAUGUAAAGGUAACAAAACUGACCGAUGAUUUCCGGCGUCUACAAGACACGCCAGAUGCAAUAGAAGCAAGCGCGGACAAUUAUUGUCCAGUGUGCCUCGAAGAGUUCGUUGAUGCGCGGUCCCUACCUUGUGGUCACGUGUUCUGUAGGGCAUGCCUUCAGUAUACGAUCGAUAGACAGCCCCUCAUACCGGAGCCAAACAGGGGCUUUGACUGUGUGCAGUGUGGAUAUUUCAUCAAGGUUCCCAACUACUCAAUACCACGUGACAAAUGGUCGGAAGAAAUAACGGUCAAUUACAUGUUUCCACAGCAUGUAACACAUGGCGAUGUCCACGAAAAUCAGGAGGAGCCGGAAACUGAAGAGCCGCAAAAGUCGAAGUCUGAGAACGACAAGGACAAGUGGUAUAUAGAUUGGGAAAUAUCUGCAUAUUCAAGAUCCUAUUUACAAGAUAGAGGUCUCAACCCCUUCAAAAGGACAAGAAAUGUAUACGUUUUCGUUGAAGAUCAAGAAGACUAUGUAAGAAACACGUUUGAAACGGAUGAUGAAGCAACGAUAGAACAUGAUGUUGCUGAUAUUGUGGAAAAUGCACGAAACACUAAAGGAAUACAAAAAGAAAUUCGUAGAGAAGUCAAACUCAGAAGUAAAAUGGAACAUCAUCACGAUGGAAGCAGAAUCACUGCAAUUACAUUUUACCAGGAUAAUUUCAUUGUCAACGAUUCAGGUUUACAAGAGGUCCAAAUCUACAAUGCUGCAAUGACACUGGAAACAAUUAUCAAAGAAGAAGAUGUGUUUGAUGUAGCUGUGUCAGGAGGGAUUCUCUUUAUGUCUAUACCUGAUAAGAAAACUGUUAAAACUUACGAUUUCAUUCGGCGGAAGAGAAACGAAAUAAUUUACCUGACAAAUGCAUGUUUUGGAAUGUAUACGUUUGAAAAGACUGCCGCUAUAUUGUUAGCUGAAAAGGAGAAAGAUACUUUUCAGAUCGCUUUUCUGACAAGCAUUGGAAUUGUCGGGGGAAAGACGAAGCUUGACCGAGGACUUAAGCUGUUGAAAAAACCUAGACAUUUAGCGGUUUGUCACCUAACUCGACUAGCUUAUGUUAGCGAUACAGAGGCAGGUUUGGUGAAAUGCUUUCGACUGGACGGCCAACUAUGUUGGGAGAGCAUUAUUAUUGGUGCUGGUCAUUUGACAUUGUAUAACGGAUAUUUGUUAAUUUCUAGAGAAUUCACAAGUUCUAUUGAUGUUAUAGCCGGCGGUGGAAAAUUUGAAGGUCGUCUUCAGUCGGUAGAAUAUGAUGUGGUUGAACCUCAGUGUAUUGCUGUCAAGCAAGAUGAUUCGAUAUUCCUACUUGUUGACCGUUAUCAACUUAUACAUAAAUAUCGUAUUUGGAAAGGGUCCAGGAAAAAGAAAUCGAAAACGUGCACUUUGUUUUGACUGAUUUCGAUAAGUCAUGUACUGUUCUAGAUAAGUUUAUUGUAACUUAUUUAUUUUUCAAAGAUUGUUAAGUUUUUCGACAUUAAAUCAAUAGCUCCCGUUUAGCGAAAAUGUGUUUUUGCAGUUAAAAUGGUCGCCAAAAGGCCUCAGUUA